AUGAUGCAUAUGAUUUACUUGUUUUUACUUCGAUUUUAUUUGUAGCUUUGCUGCAGAAUCAUUUGUAUGAGCUUAACUGAAUUGCAUAGUUUGAAAGAUUCAUAAUUGAUUAAUUAAUGUGUUCAUUUUGGGAAAUCUAAUAGAACUUCAAUAUAAGUGACAAUUGCACAUAAAUUUAUCAUGUCCUUCAACCAAGUUUGUUCAAUGGUUGUAAUGUAAUUGCAUAGUGGGUAAAUAGUAGGCUGUGCCGUGCCUGAUGCAGGUACUAUUUGCUGUUUAAAUAAAAAUUCAUGUCUUCUUUACCAUUUGAGUAUUCAAGAUUUGAUGUAGUUAAAGUAUAUAUUUCAGUCUAUUAUUAUUGAGAUAUUUCCUUAACAUUUUAGUUUGGGAUCAAUGGCGGAGCCACUCCUAGGCCUGGAGUGGCCUUGGGGCCCCCAUAUUUUGAUCUCUCCUCUAUUAUAUUAUAUAUAACAUAUAGAAUUUGUAAUAAACAACAUAUAAUGUAAGUUAUAGUUCCCUUUAAAACGAAUUAGACAUGACUAAAUUAUAAAUAUUUAGCUCUCACAUGUAAUUAUUGAAUACUUAGGUGUUUUAUAUACUUGUAUUUUCUACUUUGGUCCCCCUAACUUUAAAUUCUAGCUGUGUAUGGACUGGUGGUGGAGUAAGGUGACUUCCAUGGUACCCCUUCUUUGUCUCCGUUUCAGCUGGAAUUAUAGAAUGUGUCCCAUUGUUCUUGAUUAUAUGAUCAGAAAGUAUAUAUCAUUAUCAUGCUUCUGCACUACACAUUUAGAAGCAAAAGAAAUAAAACCAACACCCUAAUUAAAUACAAUGACCAUAGGCAAGACCCCCAAUCAAGUGAAGUAAAGACAAGAAGAAGAGGCAGAAGUAGAAGAAAGGAAAAGAGAGUUAAUUUUUGAAAAAGAAAGGUUUUGUUAUCUUAUGUAGUGUGCAAAUGGAAUGGGACAAAUCUGAAUAGUUGUUUUCUUUGCAUUCAUUGUUAUCUUCUCACAUUUAUUUAUUUUUAAAAUUUAAAUUUUGCCAUUUAGCUUUAUUUAACUUCUUUUUCUUAAGAUUAAUAAGAAAAAGAAGUUAAAUAAAGCUAAAUGGCAUGGUGAUUUGGCCAUUAUAGCAUGAUCAUCGAUAUGGUUGGGGGAGUUGAGUAUGGUGCAGCGAAAACACAAGAUUCCAACAAGAUUAUCAAUGUUGUUGCAUUAUAGCAAAUAAUCUUUCAUUCUUAGGUUGCAGUUAUUGGUUUUCUAUCAUCUUUUACUUUACCAUUUGACAUGUGUCUUUGUAUAUUUGCCAAAUACUGGAAUUGUGUUCUUUUGCAUUAUACUCCUUAAAUGAAUUCAGUUAAGUUUUAUUUUCAUAGGUAUAGUGAAAUAGUGAUAAUAAUCUAUAUCCAAAAGAUCCAAAAUUGUUGAAAUGAUUAGAAACAGAAAAUAUUAGUUAUGUCUUUCAAGACAAUUUCAUUUUCAAGCUUUUUGGAUUUGUUGAACUUGGAUUGUAUUGAUAUUUUAGCAUCGGCUACAAAAACAAAAAUUAGUAUUCUCAGGGAAGGUCAAUUAUAACGACACUAUAUAUUUGAGGAAAUGCAUUUUCUUGUAAAAUUUGUUUCUUUUUAGAGAAGAUGUGUGUUUGGUAGAGUUAGAGUGAAGUAUUAAAGAGAGACAAAUAAAUGGAAGUUCUAAACAUGAAAAGCAAGGUUGCUAACGCUUUCACCAUGAUCAUGGUGAACUUGAUGGACAGGAAUUGGGUUUUGGUAGCGUUGGAAUGUCGGGCUUGAUGGUGAUAGGGAUGACAAUGGACUGGCGGUGGAGUAAGGAAUUGGGUUUUGGUAGCGUUGUAAUGUACGGGGUUGAUGGUGGCAUAUGUAGUGGACCCUGCAAGAUGAAGUGGUACGUCCUCUUCGAUUAUUUGAACCCACAAGUGCCUCUUACCAAAAAAAAACUACAGUGUUUGAAUGGUCACUGGGAGUUGGAUGGGCUGAAGACCGAAGAACGUUCCCUUGAUAUGCUUCAACCAGCUUCUAAAGGCAUACAUAUUCAGGCUCUGAAACUGCGGUAUUUGACCUUUGGCUUAACAGUGACAAAACCAGGUGGAUUGAGAAUUGAGGUGUCAAACGUCCUUUUUAAGUGUACUAUUUUUGUGGGUUCUAAUGAUCAGUUGAUGGAUGUCAUUUUUGUGUUCAUGAAUGAAAGAAAGUGGCUAUAA